AUGAAUCCACAAGAAUUCAAGUUAUUUUUCCAAGAAAUGCAAAACCAACGUGCGAAAGACACCGAAGCAAUGCGUGAACUUUUCAAGGAGUGUUUGCAAAUGAAAGCAGUUCCGAAAACAGAAAAACCGGAGCAAACAAUGGAGAUUUUAGCAUCGAGUCUCACGGAAUUUGUUUUUGAUCCAGAAAAUAACUUAACAUUUGAAACGUGGUAUACGAGGUAUGAAGAUUUGUUUUUAGUAGAUGGUAACAAACUUGAUGACGCAGCGAAGGUCAGGCUUCUAUUAAGGAAACUCAGUACAACUGUGCAUAACAAAUAUAUGGACUUUAUUUUGCCUAAGCAUCCACGUGAAUAUAAUUUCACUACAACAGUGGAGAAAUUAAAACAACUGUUUGGACUCCAAAAGUCACAAUUCAGCUUACGCUAUAGCUGCUUACAGUUAACCAAACCACCAGAUGCAGACUAUACUACGUACGCAGCUGAGGUUAAUAAACAAUGUGAAAAUUUUAAAUUGAAUAGCCUGUCACUGGACCAGUUCAAAUGUUUAAUGUUCGUAUUGGGGCUGAAAUCGGAAGCAGACUUCGAAAUAAGAACCCGAAUAUUGACCAAACUGGACACAGAAGCUGAUACCAUCAACUUGGAAAAACUUACAAACGAGUGUCAGCGUAUUAUUAAUUUAAAAUCCGACACAGCGCUGGUAGAAAAUAAAUCACGCGAAAAUCAGCAACAACAAAAAUAA